GUUUGUGUGUGCGUGAGCGCGUGACGUCACGUGGCGUCACGAUAACACUACUACACCCGUGUCUGGGCCGUGCACGGCGCGAAGCUAGGCGCACGCCGCGUGAUCGGCACACGGCGGCCAUGCUGCCCCUCCCUGCCCCCGAACCACUCGCGUCCGACGUUCCACGGUGAGCGUAUCGUUUGUAUUAUUGUUUUUUAUUUAUCGUAAUAAAUAUGGAAACGUUCAUAGAACAAGUGAGAAAUCAUCCUUGUUUAUGGGACACUGACAGUGUAUCGUACAGAGAUUCGGCACGUAAGGAUUUGGCGUGGAAAGUGGUUGCUCAGAACUGCGGCCUGGUUAACGCAUCAGAAGCAAAAAAUCAAUGGAAAAGAUUACGAGAUAGCCACAGAGAAGCGAUGCGGAGGAGAAAAACAGCGCUGCAACCUCAAAAUUUUGGUCCUUGGAAAUACGAGAAACUAAUGGAAUUCGUAUUGCCACAGAACAGAGAAACAUAUGCAAAUUUCUGCAAUGAAACGUACACAGAAAAUGCUUUAGUAAGUCUAUCCACUGAAGACAAUGAGUGUAAUAGUGAAAGCUCUACACUAGAUGUAGAAAGAGAAUAUAAACGUCAAAUAAAGGAGAAAGAAAGAGAAGAAAUGAGACGACAAAUUUUCGAUGAGAAUAGAAUGAGACGUGAUCCACUAUCUGAUUUAUUUUCAAGUAUGUGCGAGAAGACACGAGAUUUACCCAAAUAUCUGCAGCUCAGAGUACAAAGGGAAAUAUUCGAUUCCGUCAGUCGCGCUGAAGAAGAAGCUUUAUCUUUUGAAUCACAAGUAACCAGUGCAUCAUAUUAUAAUGCUAGUUCUGAUAAAUUCGGACAAAUGGACAUAUGUGAGUUGGCAGAAACUAAAUACAGACAAACUGAAAGUCCAGCGCCGAGCACGUCAGUUAUUGUUCCAGAACAAAAGGGAGAAAUAAAACGAUAAAACAUUUUUAAUAAGACUUAAUACGCACUGAGUUAUUUGUAAAGAGAAAUUGCAUUUAAACUAUUAAUAGAAUAGAUGUAGUAAUGAAAUAGAAUAUGGCAGAGAUAAAGAAAAAAAGAUAUCGGUUUAGUGUCAUAUAAUGUUUUCGCUUCAAUUUCACAUUACUGUCCAAGUAGAGUAUUGAGUUAUCGUGUUUAAGAAAAAUACUAAUGCAAAUCUAAGAGAAAACCAUUGUAAAAUAAAUGUACAAUCGUAUACUUCAGAUGAAAAUGUUAAAGGUAAAUGAAUUAAGCAAAACAUAGCACUAUAACUUACUGUUUUCCCUUGUGUACCACGUAACUUUCUCAGAGUGACCCUCAAACUUAACCAGUAAAUACCGAAGCCGCUCAAACUAUCAAAAACUUAAGCACAAUUCCCACUUGUGGCUGACCCCUGUUAAAACUAGAAUAGCCAAAACCGGAGCCUCUACUAUAUACGUUAUCCAUUAAUUUAAUGAAACUUAGAUGUUUUGCCCAACGUAAAUAGAGUGCGUACGACAGGCCCUAAUGUGUGUUUAAUUAGUUUAAGUAAUAAAUUAUUUAAAUUUAAACUAUUAUUUACACCUUUCUAUCGACCUGAGUAUCUUUCUGCAGCUAAAAAAAAAAUAAAACUCCAUAGAAAAAUGUUCUUGUGUUGGCUGGAUAUUGUACCCAAAUUUUUAAAUGCCGCGGGUACAUUUUCAUCGUGGUGCAAAUACAACUUAUUGUCAGAAACCUAAGUAUUUAAAAAAAUCUCUCUAACUUAAAUAAAUUAUAAACCACUAUAUAUCAUAUGAAUUACAAAAAUAUUCCUAAAGUAAUAUUCUGGUUAUUUCCUAAAAAAAAAUACCUAAGCAAAUUACAAGAAUAUUCCAAAACCAGUAUAAACUAAACUAGUAUAAAUAUUACAGUAGAACAAACGGCAACAUUAAAUUCGUAACCUGUCAAGGUGCAGGAGUUGCAAAGACUAACAGAUUUCAGAUACUCCGCCCGACUGAGGCAACAGAUUCCGAAGCCAAUGUUCGUAUUGCACGAACGAACCACUUUCAAAUUCAAUUAAUCAUAGUUCGGAUUAGUUCCCCUUUGACGACCUGAGGCCAGACGUGACUGUCUUGCCUGAUGGGACUUCAAUAUUCAUUUGUUAUUAAUU